UAUAACAUUCGAUUUAAAAACACAAAAUUUAGAGUAACUUAUUUCAAUUUCCAUAUGCUAUAAGAAUCUGUUUUAUAGACAUAGUUUUAAAAUUAGCUAAUUGAUUAAAUCCAUUUUCUACUUAAAUAAUUAAAAAUUUUGGUACACAUUGACAACCCAUGACAGUCAUCAUAUGAAGGUUGGAGUCCGCAAUUAGUAUUUUAUGGUUGAUGUACUAGACUUGUGGCGGGAAAACUGUCACUGUAAUAAUUAUUUUAAGGUUUUAAAAUUUAAGAUUUUGAAUAGCUAAAUAAAAUUUCAUACGUAUAUCGAAGAGGAAAAAAUAGAAAAGCAAAAUUAGAAAAACAUGGAAAAUUUAAAUCAAAAAGUUCUAAAAAAUACUGGAAAGUUUGUAACUGAUUAUGAAAGGAAAAGUGACGAUAUAUUUAGUGAAGCUGGUUAUAGAGAGUCAAGAGCAAAUGACAAAAUAGAUUCAAAAUAUGGAUAUGAUAGAAUCAAAGAUAGCCAGGAGCGAACUGGAUAUUUAAUAAAUAUGCACUCGAAUGAAAUUCUUGAUGAAGAUCGUCGUUUAGUAGCAUGUCUUGAUUUAUUUUUUAUGCAAAUGGAUGGAUCGCGAUUUAAGGCAUCUGUGUUGUUUCAACCAUAUUUAUUACUUCGAGUAAAGGACUCUGUGUCUUUGGAAGUUGCUCGUUUUUUACAUCGAAAAUAUUCUGGAUUGAUUUCAAAUUUGGAACAUAUUAUGAAAGAAGAUUUGGACCUUCCUAAUCACUUGACUGGUAUCAAACAAUGUUAUUUAAAAUUGUCAUUUUUGAAUCAAACAUCAAUGCAAAAAGUUCGGCGGGAACUACUAGCAUUCGUUCGAAAGAAUACAGAAAGGGAAAAAGCUAACACUUUUUACAUGCAAAUGUUAAGUCAUUCUUUAUCUUCUGCGGUUGAAGGUUCUUCAAGCUCUUUAUUGAAUAUUGAUUACAUGGAAGCUAUUUUAGAUAUAAGAGAAUAUGAUGUACCAUAUCACGUUCGAGUUUCAAUUGAUUUGAAAAUUUUUUGUGGUCAAUGGUAUAACAUACGCUGCAGAGGUGGUGGGUUUGAAAUGCCUUCGAUAACUCCAAGGCCUGAUAUUUUAGAAAGACCAGAGCCAGUUGUUCUUGCUUAUGAUAUAGAAACAACUAAAUUACCAUUAAAAUUUCCCGAUGCACAAUCUGAUCAAAUUAUGAUGAUUUCUUAUAUGAUUGAUGGGCAAGGAUAUUUAAUUACAAAUCGAGAAAUUAUAUCUUCUGAUGUGGCAGAUUUUGAAUAUACACCAAAACCUGAGUUUGAAGGCAAUUUUGUUGUUUUUAACGAAGAAAACGAAAUGGCUUUAAUACAAAAAUUUUUUGAUCAUAUAAUGGAAGUCAAGCCACAUAUAAUUGUUACGUAUAACGGAGACUUUUUCGAUUGGCCCUUUGUCGAAACUAGAGCUGCAGUUUAUGAUUUAGACAUGAAAUUAGAAAUUGGGUUUUCGAAAUCGCGCGACGGCAAUUAUCUAUCAAGGCCAUCUAUUCAUAUGGAUUGUUUGUGUUGGGUAAAACGUGAUUCAUAUUUACCAGUUGGCUCCCAAGGCUUAAAAGCGGUGGCGAAAGCAAAGUUAAGAUACGACCCAGUGGAACUUGAUCCUGAAGAAAUGUGUAAAAUGGCGGUUGAACAGCCUCAAGUUCUUUCAAAUUAUUCAGUAUCGGAUGCUGUGGCAACAUAUUAUUUAUACAUGAAAUAUGUGCAUCCAUUUAUAUUUGCCUUAACUACUAUAAUUCCAAUGGAACCAGAUGAAAUUUUGAGAAAAGGUUCAGGAACCCUUUGCGAAACCUUAUUGAUGGUGCAAGCUUUCCAUGCAAAUAUAGUAUUUCCAAACAAACAAAUGAACGAAUUGAAUAAAUUAUCAAAUGAAGGCCAUGUUUUGGAUUCUGAGACGUACGUUGGUGGCCAUGUAGAGGCAUUAGAAUCAGGAGUUUUUCGUGCUGAUAUACCAUGUCGUUUUCGACUGGACCAAGAUAUGAUAAUGCAGUUAAAAGAAAAUGUACCAAAAGUUCUAGCACAUGCAAUAGAAACAGAAGAAAGUGUUCCUUUGGAAAAAGUAAAAAAUUUAGAUGAGGUUGCUAAUGAAAUUACUCAGGCUUUGCAAGGAUUAUAUGAUAUUCCGAAUCGCUUGGAGCAGCCUGUAAUUUAUCAUCUUGAUGUAGGUGCAAUGUAUCCAAACAUUAUUUUAACAAAUCGCUUACAACCAUCAUCAAUGGUUAAUGAAACAGAUUGCGCUGCUUGUGACUUUAAUCGACCGGGAGCUAAAUGUAAGCGUUCAAUGGAAUGGUUAUGGCGCGGGGAAAUGCUACCUGCUAACAAAAAUGAAUUUCAAAGAAUUCAGCAGCAACUAGAAACAGAAAAAUUUCCACCAUUAUUUCCUGGUGGCCCCCAGCGUGCUUUUCAUGAGCUCUCAAAAGAAGAUCAAGCUGCAUAUGAAAAAAGGAGAUUAUUAGAUUAUUGUCGAAAAGCAUAUAAAAAAACAAAAGUUACUAAAUUAGAAACAAGAGUAUCCACAAUUUGUCAAAAGGAAAACAGUUUUUAUGUGGACACUGUAAGGGCUUUUAGAGAUAGGAGGUACGAAUAUAAGGGUUUGACAAAAGUAGCAAAAGCUGCUAUAGUUGCAGCAAUCAAAAGCGGUGACGCUUCUGAAAUUAAGGCCGCCAAAGGAAGAGAAGUUUUAUAUGACUCCUUACAAUUAGCGCACAAAUGCAUUUUGAAUUCAUUUUAUGGCUAUGUCAUGCGUAAAGGCGCCCGUUGGCACUCAAUGUCAAUGGCAGGUAUUGUUUGCCUCACGGGAUCUAAUAUAAUUACGAAGGCUAGAGAAAUUAUUGAAAGAGUUGGUCGACCCUUAGAACUAGAUACGGAUGGCAUAUGGUGUAUUUUACCUGGAUCAUUCCCACAAGAAUAUACAAUAUUGACAGAAGACGAAAAGAAAAAAAAAAUAAAUAUUUCAUAUCCAAAUGCAGUUCUUAACACAAUGGUGAAAGAUCAUUUUACUAAUGAUCAAUAUCACGAAUUGAUUAAGUGUGCAAGUGAAAAUCAGGAACCCGAAUAUAAAAUUCGGUCUGAAAAUUCAAUAUUUUUUGAAGUAGAUGGACCCUAUUUGGCAAUGGUAUUACCCGCUGCAAAAGAAGAGGGUAAGAAGUUAAAAAAACGUUAUGCAGUUUUUAAUUUCGAUGCGAGCUUAGCUGAACUGAAGGGGUUUGAAGUCAAACGUCGUGGUGAACUUCAGUUAAUAAAAAAUUUUCAAAGUUCAGUAUUUGAAUCUUUUCUUCUUGGCAAUACAUUAGAAGAGUGCUACGCAAGUGUAGCUAAAGUAGCAGAUUAUUGGUUGGACGUUCUUUAUAGUCGCGGAAUAAAUUUACCUGAUAGUGAGUUGUUUGAACUUAUUUCAGAAAAUCGUUCUAUGUCUCGAAAAUUGGAAGACUACGGUGCACAAAAAUCUACAUCAAUAUCAACCGCUAAACGUUUAGCAGAAUUUUUAGGUGAUCAAAUGGUUAAAGAUGCUGGGUUAGCAUGCAAAUAUGUAAUCGCUAAAAAGCCAGAAGGUGCUCCAGUAACUGAACGAGCUAUACCAUUGGCAAUUUUUCAAUCGGAAUUGUCGGUACGAAGACAUUAUUUAAGAAAGUGGUUGAAAGAUAAUACUAUGGGUGAUGCAGAUAUACGGGAUGUUUUAGAUUGGAAUUAUUAUAUUGAGCGUCUGGGUGGUACGGUUCAGAAGAUUAUUACAAUUCCAGCAGCAUUACAAGGUUUAAAUAAUCCUGUACCUAGAGUGCAACACCCUGAUUGGUUGCAUAAAAAGAUGUUGGAGAAAAACGAUAUUUUAAAACAAAGAAGAAUAAAUGAGCUUUUCACAAGUCGGCCUAAGCAGAUUGUAGAGACAAUUACAGAGAAUGGCCUAGUGAGUGACAUUACUGAUAUUGAAGAUAUAGGAGGUAAAGAAAAUAAUUCCACAAAUAUCCCAAUCGUAAGUGUUAAUAAAAGAAAGCGCCUGGUAUCAAAUGACAACGAAUCUGUUAAUAUACCUAAGACUUGGCGAGAAGCUUUGGGACCCCCGCCUUUAAUGGGAAAUUCAAGACUAGAAAUAGUAGAAUGGGUUAAAUAUAUGAAACAAAAAUGGGAAUGGCAACUUGAGGAAAGACUUAAGAUUAAACAAAUUAAUAAACGAUCACGAAAAGAAAUUGACCCUUGCAGCAAUUCCUCGUUGCCCUUAAAGAAAACAAUGUCAACUACAUUAGGUGGUUUUUUAAAGAAAGCAAAACGUUCAUUAUUAGAGCAGGUAUGGCAAAUAGUGCAAAUAGUACCAAUCAAUGAAAUUGGUCACUUUACCGCUUGGGCUAUGAUAGGGGAUGAACUUCAUAAAAUAAAGCUUAUAAUUCCCCGAAUAUUUUUUGUUAAUCAACGUUCACCUGCUCCAGCUGAAGAAGGAAUGUGGAAAAAAGUAAAUCGCGUUUUACCACGUUCAAGACCAGUUCAUUAUCUUUAUCGAUAUUCAGUUCCAGAAAAGGUUUUUCAAGACAAUAGACUAGGUAUGUUAGCUGAUUUAGCUACACCGGAUAUAGAAGGAAUUUAUGAAACCCAAAUGACAUUGGAGUUUCGUGCACUUAUGGAUCUAGGUUGCUUAUGUAGUGUCCAAAGAGAGGAAGCUUUGAAAUUAAUUAAUGUGCCCCCAAAAGAAUUAGAUUCAUUUUCAAUUGAACAAUUGGAAUUUCGUAGCAUGUCAUAUCAAAGUUAUCUGCAAAAUUCUAAUGAUGUCUUGAAGAAAAUUUUUAUAUAUCAACAUAAUAUUCCAACAGCAAAGAAAGAAAUUUGGGGGAUAUUUUUUCCUCCAACAAAGAAGGCAAUAAUAAUAGCAUUGGAUACUGUAAGGGCUAAUCAAAUGCCUAAUAUGAAAUCGUUAUACACAUCAGAACGUUUGGCUGUUCUGAAGAACUGUGAAAGUCAACAACAAGCUGAUAAAUUACCGCCAGAUGAUUUUCAGUUUGAAAUAAUGAUUGAAGUUGAUAUUAAGCAAGUUUUUAGACAUAUUCAAAAAGGAUUGUCAACAUAUAAAGAAGAAAAAAAAAGUCCUACAUUAAUUUGUUUACAAACUGCAAUUAGUUUAUCAAAAUUAAAUUCUUCCUUACCUAUUUUGUUGGAUUUUCCACAAGCACCGAUCCAUAUAUCAGAUGAUGCAGCUCUACUAUCCGGUUUAGAUUGGCAACGUCAGGGAUGUCGAGCAAUGAUAAGACAUUUCUUAAAUUUAAAUCACGUCGUUGAUUUGAUGUUAGACCAAUGUCGCUAUUUUCACAUACCUGUAGGAAAUAUGCCAGUAGAUACAGUACUAUUUGGAGCUGAUUUAUUUUUUGCUAGGUUAUUGCAAAAAAAUAAUUUUGUUCUUUGGUGGUCUGAGAGCUCUAAACCAGAUUUAGGAGGUCGAGAAGCAGAUGAUAGCAGAUUGUUGGCGGAGUUUGAAGAUAAUAUUUCAGUUGUACAAAACAAGCCUGGAUUUUAUUCUCAUGUUUGUGUUGAACUAGCUUUAGACAGUUUGGCUGUUAGUGCAUUGCUGCAAGCCAGUAAAAUCAAUGAAACAGAAGGGGCAAAUGCUGCAGUUACAUUUGACGUAAUACCACAAGCAUCUUUAGAAGAAAUGAUUGGUACUGUACCAACAGCAACACUACCUAGUUAUGAUGAAACAGCAUUAUGUAGUGCAUCAUUUCGUAUAAUGCGUUACAUGGUAAAUGGUUGGUUACGUGAAGUAUCAAUAAAUCGUAAUGUAUUUUCCGAUUUUCAAAUUGUACAUUUUUAUCGUUGGGUACGUUCAAGUAAUGCACGUUUAUAUGAUCCAGCUUUGAGAAGGUCAUUAAAUAAUUUAAUGAGAAAAAUGUUUCUACAAAUCGUUGCUGAAUUUCAACGUUUAAAAGCAACAAUAAUUUAUGCUGAUUUUAAUAAAAUUAUAAUAGAUUCGGGUAAAAGAUCUGUAACAGAUGCAUUGGGUUAUGUAGAUUAUAUUGUACAGAGUUUAAGAAAUAAAGAAAUUUUUCAUAGUAUACACUUAUCAUAUGAACAGUGUUGGGAGUUUUUAUUAUGGCUGGAUACAUCAAAUUAUUCUGGUGUAAAAGGUAAAUUACCACGUGAAAUGAAUAUAAACAAUAAUAUAAAUUAUGUUAAUAAUACGGAAGCUAAUGUUGAUAUUGAUGACGAAGAUGAUGAUGAUUUAAUCGAACAAGAACGUAUUAAUUUAGAAAUAAAUUGGACGUUGGCUGAAUAUUUACCAGAUGAAAAUGAAUGUCAAGAAAAAUUUGAAAAAUUAAUAACAUUGUAUAUGCAGUCGCUAGCUCUAAAACACGAUUCAAAAGAAGCAAUUAAAGAUAUAUCACAUUAUGCUUAUGAUUUUAUACAAAAAUUACAUAAAAAUUAUGCAAAAGGUAAAGAAAGCCCUGGAUUAGAAUUAGCACGUUUAUUAAGUAAAAUAUUAGCAAUUGAUAAGACAAUUGAAGAGCCAGUUAAUGAAUUAAGACGAAAUAUGUUACGACUUGUUGGCGUUGGAGAAUUUAGUGAUAUUGGCGAUUGGAAAGAUCCAUGUGAUACAUAUGUUUUAAACGAAGUGAUAUGCAAAGCUUGCAAUCAUUGUAGAGAUUUAGAUUUAUGUAAAGAUAAACAUAGAGCAAUGAAAGAUAAAGUACCUGUUUGGCUAUGUGCCCAAUGUUUUGUUUGCUAUGACAAUGAAGAAAUUGAAAUGAGAAUUAUAGAUGUAUUCCAACGAAAAAUAAUGUCAUAUACACUACAAGAUUUACGUUGCGUUAGAUGUAAACAAAUUAAACGAGAAAAUAUGGCUGAUGUAUGUUCGUGCGCUGGAAAAUUUGAAACGCUUAUCUCAAACAAGGAUAUGUGUUCAUUAUUCCACACAUUUGAAAAAGUUGCUAAUUAUCACCAAAUGCAUUUAUUAAAAGAAAUUGUAACCAAUUUUCUAAGAUGUAAUAUGACAAUUGUUAAAUAAGUUUUUUUCCGUAUAAGAAAAUUUCUAUUAUUUUAAAAUGUAAAGUUUUUUAAUAUUUAAACAUUUUGAAAUGAAACUACAUUUUUGUAUUUAAU